AUGAACUGGCCGGACUUAUCCGACUACAUCGGGAAGGACUUCUCGGCCUUCCCGAAUUCUUGCGAAGCUGCCAACAUGCGCCUCCAGGCUCUAGUGCCUCACUUGCCUCAAGAUCUCGUCUCUGCUUGGGCUGAAAUUGGCAUCCGCACUGAUACCGAUCUCCUCUUCUCGGGGUCUGCAGUGGACAUCUUGUCUCGUCUACCUGAAGGAUCCAUCAGACUUGCUCAACUUCGUGACUACAUUGCCCUUGUUGCUCAACAGUCGUCUUCCCCCGCAAUCAGAGGUGACGAGUUGUUAGAACAAGAGCUAGCUCCAAGUCAAAUAUCCACCUUUUGUCUCACAGCUGGCGUUCCGGAGAUCGACUCUUUACUUGAGACCUCCGAGCGCUCACUAGUGUACGAGAUCUCAGGCGAUAGAGGCUCGGGAAAAUCGAUCCUGGCUCUCCAUUUGGUCCUUCAACAGCUGGUGUCGAAUGACGUCUCUGCCCUCUGGAUGGAUACCACAGGCGACUUCUCUGUCGAUAGGGCUCGUCAUCAGUUGCAAUACUAUUCGGGAGAGAAGUCCUCAUCUGCGCUCGCCAGGCUUGAGGUGGCCACCGCUCUAAAUACUGACGCCGCUAUCGAAAUCCUAGAAUCCAUGCGUCCGCGAUAUUCGGCUUCGCCUAACUCAAGACUUUGCUGCGUUGUCAUCGAUACCAUAACAAGACUCCUUGGCCCUAAUCUGAGCGCAGCAUCUCCUCAAGGACACGCGAUCAUGGCAUCCUUCAUGCACCACCUCCGCACCUUAGCGCGCGAGCACGAACUUACUUUUUUGGUCAUCAACGACACUGCGUCAUCGUUUCCGAAAGGAAACACACCCUCGACCUCUGGUCUGGCGCCACGUAAAC